AUGCCAUGUGAAAAGUGCGAAAAGAAGUUGAAAAAAUUGCCAACACCUGAUGUCAAGAAUAGUUCAACAAGACCAGCUGGUGUUAAUAAAUUAUUGGAAUAUCACACUACCAAGCAAAAAUUUAAUCCGAAUAACAGAAAAUGCAAAAAGUGUAGUAGUCAACUGCAUUUUGAUGGAAAAUAUUGUUCAGUAUGUUCUUAUAAAUUAGGAAAAUGUAAUUUAUGCGGUAAAACCAUAACAGAUACUUCCUCCCAUAACAUGUCAAUAGUUUAA